AUGAGAAGGAACGACAAGAUCCUGCUCGCGGUGGUGGUGUUACUGACCCUAUGCUGGUGGCACUAUCUGGACUCUAAGCCCGACCUUCCCCUGUCCACGGAGAUCGACGCGGACGGCCUCGUGUCACCCCAACGCGCUAUCAUGGACGGCGGGAAUCAGCACGUGGUCGCGGAAGACUUGGAUCAGAAAGAUGCCAAAACCAAAACCAUCCUCUUGUGGAAUGACUAUGCCUUCAUUUACCAAGAAAAAUAUGAGCCGGUGUUUCAGGGGUGUGCCGUGAGUGCCUGCCAGAUUGUCACUGACAGGACACGCGCUAAAGACAUGGACGCCAUUGUGUUUAACAUCGCCACCAAUAAUUUCGCCAAGGAGUGCCAAGGCGAGUCUCCCGAUUGUGAAAUCCCUCAAGAGAAGCCCCCGCACCAGGUCUGGAUCUUCCACACCCUGGAGGCCCCCUGUCAGGUGUUCUUUAAAGCGCACAAGAACAAAGACAUGUUGUCCAACUCGUUCAACUGGACUUUCACCCACAGGAAGGACUCGGACGUGUACUCGCCUCUUGGUGUGAUAGAGAAACGGGAGGUACCCCUGCAAAGGGACUUCUAUGAGGUGGCGCGUAAGAAAAAGAAACUUGUCGGCUGGCUUGUAAGCCACUGCGAGACGCCAAGCAAGAGAGAACUGUAUGUUAAGGAACUACAGAAAUAUGUAGACGUAGAAAUUAUAGGCAAAUGCGGCAAACCGUGUCCAUAUAAGUGUUUAGAAUACGUUAAUAACACAUUUAAAUUUUACCUAGCGUUUGAGAACAGUCUAGCGGAAGGGUAUAUCACAGAAAAGUUUUACCGGACAGUCAAUCUUGACGUGGUAUUAAUAUCUCGUAGUGGCGUAAACUAUACAGAGUUGGGGAUCCUCCCCAACUGGCACAUUAAUACCGCAGACUUCCCAUCCCCCCAAGCACUGGCCGAGUACCUGCUGGCCCUGGACAAGGACGACUCCAAGUAUGUUCCGUACCUAGAAUGGCGGAACCAUUACGUCAGCAGCCGAGGGUUGGACAAGCCGUACGUCAGCUGGUGUGAUUUGUGCGCCAAGAUGCACGAGAGUCCUAGGCGAUCACAAGUGUAUUCCCGCCAAGAGAUUAUCGACUGGUACUACCCUCCAGGAGCUGACAGGUUCCGGGGUUGUAAAAUACCCUCAGACUUUUCCGGGGCCUAA